CCGGGGGUUUCAUUAAUCUCUGUUUUUACCAUACCAGGAAUAAGAUUGGGAUCCUUGUAAACUGUGAUUAUCUUUCUAUUUUAUCGUACUAGUUGAAUGCUAAAACCUGCUAGCAUUUGCUAACCGGCUAGCAAAAUGUUUUUGACAGCUUGGUAACAUUGCCUAACUAGCUAGCUACAACAACUGCAACGUUAGCUAUAGCCAGCUAGCCACCAAUGACCCGAAUCGGAUUUGUUUGACAACUUUGAAUGUUCAGGAGUCCACAGAUUCUGGCCUUGACAUGCCCUGUCAGGACCCUGCUGUUGUCUGUCAGAGACCCCCGAGUGUCUGCCCUACCUGAGCAUGCCUGUCAGAGGUGGACUGGACCCAAAGCAGGGAGAAGUCUCUGUCAGGGGGGUGGAGGGGAGGAGGCAGUAUCCCUCUCUUCAGCCAUCUCUUCACACCUUGUUAGCAGAGGCACCUCCGGUUGUGAAAGCUGUCUCCUAAACACUGCACCUCAACACCCCUUAAAAAAAGACACCCCUCCCAACCGGCCUCAAUUGUCUCAGGACUCUAGCUUUGUCUCUUUGAAACGUACACCACGACUGCCGGUGUUAGUAUCAUGUGACCCUUGGAAAACCACUCUAUUGGAACAUUUGGACAAUUCUAAAGCCCCCGAAUGUUCUAGCGACCUCAAGUGCCUUCUACAAAGGAGGCAAACUGACAAUGGUAGCCAAUGUUUAUCUGCUGAGGUGACGGUCAACGUCACAUUCAGUGUUAAAAGGAAUAGUUACAGUCCUGUUCGAAGUGGCAAGAUUGACCUUUUUCAUAGACUGCUUGUGUACACACCAAUACAGUGGACUGUGGAUUCCCAGCGAAGCCUUUCACUCCAGAGCCGUGGCCUGCACCAGACUGCUGCCUCCUGCCCUGAGAGUGCCUUGAGGGAGUGCCUUUCGCUGGUGAACGAGGCGCGCUGCCGGCAGAGCCUGGGGCCUAAUGUGGCUCUGUAUGAGAAGGACGUCCGGGGGAAGAGGGGGGCCAGUGAGGCCGAGGGGAAGUGGGCGUCCGUGCUGGUCUCUCUUUGCUCCGUGGAGGGAGAGCCCGCCUUUCUCUUCACCCUCAGAUCCACAGCACUGAAGGGCAGACACAAGGGCGACGUCAGUUUUGCAGGUGGCAAGCGUGACCCUUCGGACAAGGACGUUGUGGACACCGCCCUGAGAGAAGCUCGUGAGGAACUGGGCAUCACUGUGGCAACAAACCAAGUGUGGGGCAUGCUGAAACCACUCAGGGAUAUGUCUGGAAUGAUGAUAGCCCCUGUACUGGCCAACCUCGGCCACCUGGAGGCGCUGUCGUUCAAGCCAAAUCCUGCCGAGGUAGAAGAGAUCUUCACCCUGUCGCUCUCCCACGUAUGCAGUCCCCAGAAUCGGGGAUACACCCACUUCCGUACCGGUGAGCGCUACGGAUACACCCUCCCCGUGUUCCGCAACGGGAAGCACCGCGUGUGGGGCCUCACUGCCGUGGCCGUCGAACACACACUCAAACUCAUCGCUCCGCCAUGACAACCAAUCAUGCCAGACUUCACCAAUCAUGCCAGCCAUCACUACUGUUUUUUGUAAAGCAUAGUGUAUGUGUGAUUACGGAAUAAUUUGAAUGAUCAAUUUCACAUAUGAAACAAAUAAUGGGGCUCAUGUAUCAAUUGAGGACUUCUUACAGUCAAUGUAUCCCUAAUAAGCAUACAUGUCAGAAGUGAUAUAUUGAAUAUAUAUAUAUAUAUACAGUGGGGGGAAAAAAGUAUUUAGUCAGCCACCAA